AUGGCUUCGGUAACCUCUUUGGACAAGGACUUGCGCAAUUUGCGACUGUCUCGUUAUACUCCGCAGGCAGCCGCCGAGGUCCGCGACUGGAUUGAGGAAGUGCUUCAAGAAAAACUUCCUUCGGGGGAUCUCCUUGAAGCUUUGAAAGAUGGCGUUGCUCUCUGCAAGCUUGUUAAUCUGGCCGUGUCACCCGGCGUCAAGUUCAAGUCAUCGUCGAUGCCCUUUGUGCAAAUGGAGAACAUCUCGCAUUUCCUACGCGCUUGCCAAAUGGCUCCCUUGAGCCUGCCCCCGCACGACGUCUUUCUCACGGUCGACCUCUACGAAUCUAAGGAUCCUGCCCAGGUUCUGCAGUGCCUGGCAGCGUUCAGUCGUCGAGCAAAUGCUCUCGCACCCCGGAAAUUUCCUCGUACCGUUGGUCCUCAGAGCAAACGCGGUGUGAUCAGCCCCAAUGCCACCGGCGCAUCCAACGCGGGCUCCUACACGCGAAAUGGUCGCGCAUCAAGUAAUGCCAGUGAUGCCAAUCCUUACCCGGGUAGUCCAUCACGAGGGACAAGCUCUCUCAGCUCGUGGAGCAAGCGAGAUGAUGAGACAUCCACCUCUCCGGCUUGGAACAUCCAUCAGUAUGGAUACAUGGGUGGGGCGAGCCAGGGCAAUCAGGGUAUUGCCUUUGGCGCACGACGACAGAUCACAACUCCGGGCCCAGCCGUGCCAAGUCUGGCUGAGAAAGAGAAGCGUAGAAGGGAGGAGAACGAGAGGCUGCAACAGGAGCAGGUUGAGAGAGAGGAGGCUGAACGCCGGCAUCAACAAGAACAAGAAGAGCAAGAAGCACGUGCCCGCGCAGAGGAGGAAAGACGCUGGGAGGCGGAAACAGCCCGUUUGAGAGAGAAGGAGCGCCAGGAGAUGGAAAUGGAGAAAAAGCGCUGGGAACAAGAACAACGUCAGUGGGAAGAGGAGGAACAGCGUCGUCUUGCCGAAGAAAAGGCGGCGGAAGAUCGUCUGGAGCAGGAGCGACAACGCCGACGGAGCGCCAACGACGCCCGCCUCAAUGGGCAGUUCCUGAGUCAAUAUCAGACCAGUCAGUCCCAUGGAGACCGCGCGGCGGGUUCAGCUGCAAGUCCCGAGGAGACUCCCGAAAGUCGGCGCAUCAAAGAGCUUGAGCGGGAGCUGGCCUUGGCCAAAGAGCGAGAGCAGCAGUAUCAGAGUGGCCGACAGAGUACCCAAUCCCCAAACAAUGUCGAGGUUCAGCAGUCCGCAUCUGGAACUCGUCAACGACCGAUCCCUGUGCCGCCAAAACCGUCCUAUUCCCUCUCUUCUUUGGAACAGGAGCGUCGAAUGUUACGAGGAGAAUGGCAGAGGAGCCAAGAUCUCUCAUCGGCCACCGAAGAUUCAUCCCGCAGAGAGGAUGCGCCAGCACCAUCAGUCUCCCGUCCUUUGCCCGAUCCUACAGCCUCAGCUUCCUCGAAGCCCGCGACACCUCCUCGUGAACUCCCCGCCGUCCCACGGCCCCUGCCAGACCCGGCAACAUACACGACAAAUCACAGUCGUGAGAAUCGUGUAGACCGAUUCCUCUCGUCCAACCCAGCACCACAGCCCGCUGCACCAGCAACACACCGACCGCAAGACUACAGCACCACAUCCGAAGUUGAUGCUGAGAACAAGCGGCGCAUGGAGUCACAGCAGAAGACUCGCGCCGGUGGCUGGGCAUCAAAGUCACUCUUGGAGCGGGAGAUGGAACGUGAGAGAGAACGCCAGCGCGAAUGGGAAGAGAACCAGAAACAAACCCAAGCCGCUGCACGAGAUCCUUCCAUGGGCUCUGGCCCGGGUCAGAGUUGGGAUGUCCACCAGUACGGCUAUAUGGGCGGCGAUAAUCAGAACCGCGGAGGUACUGGUUUGGGUGUUGGGGGUGCCAGACGCCAAAUUAUCGGGCCUCGACCUCCACGCUGA